UCUGUAAUUUCUGCAACUUUGAUCGCUUUGAGCCACUUAUCUUGUCCAGAUUCUCUAUAAAUCAAUAUAAAAGGAAACUGGGUUUUUUGUUUCUCGCGUUGCCUGGGCAACGCGCCGUCCGUUUUUGGGCGGAAGUGAACGCACCAGCCGGCUAACGUUUGGGGCGUUUGUCUCAUAUUCCCCUCCUCCUUAAAUCAAACGUCUUUAACAGCAUUCAUGGCCGGCUACAGGCCCUCGGAAUCGAAGCGGGAACAAUUUAGAAGAUACCUGGAGAAAUCAGGAGUUCUGGACACCUUAACCGGCGUGCUGGUGGCUCUUUAUGAAGAACCAGAAAAACCUGACAAUGCACUCGACUACAUAAAGGUCCACCUGGGGUCGGGCUCUCCGGACCCGGCGGACGCUGAGGCUCUGCGGACGGAGCUGGCUGACCUGCAGCAGAAGUUCAAUCUGGUGAUGGAGGAGAACAAAGAGCUGAAGAGCAGGCUGCUGCAGUACGAGCCGUCGCCUGAAGAGGGCGCUGCACCGUAGGAGGGCGCGGCGUCGCAGAACCAACCACAGGGACACAUUAAAGCCGUUCUUUGUAUAGAUUGUAUGUGUUUAUUCUGGAAUGCCUAGUGUACAGUGAAGACAGACUUGAUUUUUGUUAACCAGAACCAGCUGCUGCUCCUGAAUAAAACUAUUUUCAGCAUCGUC